AUGCUUCGUUUCUGUUCAUUGUUCAUUUCUUGCCGGGCUCUGGUUGUGGCGGCGGCCAACGGUCUGCAGGACAUCGACGGUUCGCCUUUUGGCUUUGAAACAGUUCACCCGCAAAAUGAGAUUGCUUUGCCCAGGCAGAACUUCACCUUACGUGAAGACGUAAGGAGACGCACUGGAAUGCCCCUUGCUUUGGCAUCUGUGUUGAUCGGAACUGCCGCCCUGGCAUUCUUACUCAUCCAUUGCUUCAAGGCUAUCGCAUCCAAUGAAGUUCCAGAGAACCACAUAUAUGCAGGGCGAGUGCUAUCAGAAGGAGCAGACGACCCUUGCAACGUCCUUUCAGGACUAGUGGAGGUGCCGAGGGUGCGAAUUGAAAAGACAUUUCUUCGUGAAUAUGGUAUGCUACGUGGGCGAGUGAUGCCUGUGUACAACGUGCCAACCGAAUACGUGCUUCCAAAUCACAUUCUUGAGAGCAGGAGUUGGCCUUCAUGGACACUUUCUAGUGUACAUGGUGGUGCUCUUGGCGGCCGCAGUGGUGCAUGGGGCUGCUAA